CAAGACCACCUGUAUCAUCAAGAAGAUAUAGUUUUCCAUCAAAGAACCCAAAGAAAAAAACGUUUUCAUUUUGAUUUUAUCCAAUGUUCUUGUGAUUUGACUCCCUCCUUUUCUGAAUUCUUCAUGUUUCUCUUUGAAUCUUCCACAGAAAAAUUCAUAUUGUGUCCUUGCAUCUCCUCCCUUUAGAAUGAAACUGUUCUGAAUACAAGAACACAAAUCAUUAAAAGCUGGAAGAAGGGAGUGAAUGUUGAGCCAAUGAGAAGCAAAUCUUGAUUUGAUUGUGUAAAAAGUUGAUGGGAAACCGCUGUGCAAGAACUCCUUGUUGUAGAAAGUUAUGGUCAUGUAUAUGCUGCAGCAGCAACAAGGACGAGGCUCAAGCCAGAAGCCAACAUGGGCCCAAAGGAAAGGUCCAUCCGGUAACCAAAAUCGAGAAAUGGGAAGAAAAGAUCACAGAAGCUAACAACAAUGGCAUGAUUCUUGUGGUGUACUUCAGCGCACCGUGGUGUGUACCGUGUAAAAAGAUAGAACCAGUAUUCAAAAAACUUGCUUCUAUAUACCCUUCAAUGAUAUUUGUAACCAUUGAUGUCGAAGAACUUGCUGAGUUUAGUGAUGAAUGGAAUGUAGAAGCUACACCAACUAUAGUGUUCCUUAAAGAUGGGAGACAAAUGGAUAAGCUUGUUGGUGCUGAAACCUCAGAGCUUCAGAAGAAAACAGCUGCUGCUGCUGAUCUCUUACUCAAAAAACCAUAAAAUCUUAACCAACAGAAGAGAAACAGAGUUAGGUUUUCUUCCGUUGUCUGUCACAAAUUUGUUCAGAGGAAGUGAUUUCAAGAAGUUACUUGCGGAUGAAGUAAGUGUCAUGAGAUUUUUUUUUUAAUCCUUCAAGAUCUUCAUUUGGUAAGAUUAUGUUCUUUUUAACGUUGUUUCAGACAAAACAUGGAGAUGAUGGAGAAGCGUUUGGUGAGGAAGGUUUAUAUAGCAGCCAUGUCUUCUUUAGUUUUCAUUUGUGAAAAUGCAUUUGUUUCUCUUUUUUAUAUAUUCUCAAAUGGUUAUAAUAUUCCCAACAGUAAAAGAAAAUCUUCUAGUACAUAUUUGUUUAAAAUUCUUCAUUGAUUUUUAGACGUGAAUUAUGUUCUAUUUGAAAACCUGAACAAAGUGUCAAACACGGUAGUAGAAUGAAAGAUUUUUCCAUCGAAAUGUGUUGCUAGUGCUACUAGUCACAGAUUAAACGUCGUUAGAAAGAGUUUAGCGUAUUAUUGAAGCUCAAAAUGGAUCGGUCAUCAACACUAUUCUUUAUGUUGGCAAAUUACAAAGAUGCACGUUGAAUUAUUUUUAAGUUUAUAAAUAAACAAUUUUCUUUUUGUAAAGAAAGAUCCAAUCUAUUAUAAAUACAAAAAAUAUAAAGACAAUAAUAAAGUUGCUGUUUAUUGGCGAUCUCCAAAGUUGACUUUUCAGAACCAGUCGUUAAGAAUUAGGAACUGGACCAAAACUUUUGUCUCUCCAUCAAUGCAACUCUCAGAUCUUAAUUUUUCAUAAGUAAAAGAAAUAAAUAAAUAAACAAGUACAAGUCUGUUGAACUAUCAUCACCUUGACCAUUAUACAAUUUGAUUUUUUUUAUUCUAGUUCAUGUGCCUGAUCUGAUUCAUAUAGUAAUAAUAUCUCCUUGCUUGCUUGAAAGAUCAUCAUCAACAGAAGAAGGCUUUGUACCCUGAAGAGAAAAAAAAA